AUGGGCGAUUCCCAAGUCCCGUCUCCAGAGAAGAAAGCCAAAGUCCAAUGCCCUCCCAACGCCUUCAUUCUCUAUCGCAAGCACCACUACCCUCUCCUCAAGGAGAAGAAUUCGGACAUGCACAACAAUGAGGUCUCCAUCAUCCUUGGCAAACAAUGGAACGGCGAAUUUGCGCAAGUCAAGAACGAGUAUAUGGCACGUGCAGAGAAGAUCAAGAGGAAGCAGUUCUGUCGGACACUGAUACGCCGUGGCAGGCAGCUCAGAGUUGAAGGUCGAGAAGAAGCACGCUAUCGACAACCCAUGCUAUCAAUACGCUCCAAGGAUGCCAACAAGGCUCUGCGCUGUGGUUUUCCGCCUGACUUGCCAGCAAUUGCGCUUGGGCGUAGUUGA